AAUGUCAAGGAAUAUGGAAAGUAAAAGGAUCGCCAUGUUGACAACAAAUGAAAAACGAUAUUACAAAACUGAGAGUGUUCAACGGUGCUCAAUAUACCUAACAUGGAGGCUAGAUAUGCGCUCUACAUUGUAUAGUUAUUUCGUGAUUGUAUGUGUUCGUGAGAAUGGCCUUAAUUUGUGCAGCAAAAUCGUGUAAAGCUCAUUACUUUGAAAAUGAGAAUUGUAAUUUAGUUCUUUUUCCAUUCCCGGAGGAUGAAGAAUCAUGUCGUUCGUGGGUUUUGCGUUCGAGAAGACUUGAUCUUUUAAGUAAAACUGCUGAAGAAAUACACUUAACAGAAUUUUUAUGUGAGCGUCACUUUGAAGACCACUGUUUAGAUAGAGCUGAUCCAGUUGCCCUGAAACCUAAGGCUAAACCUUCUGUUUUUGAUCAUGAUAUUAGCGAGUUUUCUGGUGAGAUCAAUGAGGAAAAAUCAGGAGCAACUCAUGUUAAUCCUGAUAUUGUUGUCAUACCAUGUGUCAUAAUGGAUGCUGGAGUGAACACUGAAGUAAUAGGAUAUGAUGGUGAAAAUAUUAAAGAAGAAUCAAUAGACAGGGCAGAUAUUGAGCGUGAACUGCAGUUAAUUCAUGAAAGAGAUUAUGUUGCAGAUGGUGUUCUUUCUGAAAACAAUGAAGGAAUUGAUGUUCAUCACCAAGUUAUAAAUGAACUACAACCCUCUGUGGAAGAUAACUCAAUUAUUGACCCAGAAACAGUAAUUGUUGAUAGUAUUCAUGCUGUUGACAGUUCUGAAUGGCAGGAGGGCUCUUUAACUCAUUUAGCUAAUCAAAUAUGCAGAAUUUGUGCUAAUGAAAACAUAGAAAUGAUAUCAAUAUUCGCAGAACAAAGUAUUCAGCUACAAAUUAUUGAUAAAAUUCAAUGGCAUCUACCUAUAGUGGUUAAAGAAGAUGAUAAAUUACCCCUAAAAGUGUGUACCAAUUGUGUGGCACUAAUUAAUUCUUGGCAUGAUUUAGUGGCAACAUGUGUUGAAACUGAUGCUAAGUUACGUAAGCUGUUUAAAGUUGAUGAGCAAUUUGACCCUUCCGCAAGUGUUUAUUGCAAUUUGAAUACUGCCAGUCCUGAUGAAACUUUACAGCCUAAUGUUGCUACAAUGCAGAAUGUCUUGAACAGUACUGCACUUGUAUCACAAUCAGACAGUCAGAACGUUCUUCCACUGGAUGAAAUUUCAUUACAGACCACUGAUGAUAGCAUGGGUUUGGAGAUAACCAAAGAAUCACACCUAAGCAAUCAGCCUGUUUCCAGAACCAUUGAAUUUUUCAAUGAACCGAAGGAAACUCAAGACAGAGCAAACAUCAGAGCUCUACAAAAUAAUAUAAGGGUGGAUGCUCUUAGUGUAAAUAAUAUUACCACAAACAACCAGUACAGUUUGGAAUGCACUCCAAAUGAAUCACAGGAAUCUAUUAGUUCCCUGAAAGAAGUCUACAGUAAAUCGUGUAGCAGAAUAGUGAUUCAUACCCAGUUACAGUCUGAACAGUGUGAUAAUGGCAGUGCCAAGUCAGCGAGUCUUCACUUGGAAGAUUCACUUAAUGAUGUAAAGUCAUCUAUUAAAGUACUUGGAGAUAAAGUGCCAGAAGAAAUGGAAGUAACAAUAAAAAUUGAAGAAGGAGAAGAAGAAUGUAAGGAAGAAGAAGAAGAAGAAGAGGAGGAGGAAGAACAAGGAGCAGAAGGUGAAGGAGGGGAUGAACAUGAUGAGGGAGAUGAAGCUCAAGUUAAUAUUAAUAAGUUCUUUUGUGAUAUUUGUCGAUUUUCUACAUUUAGGAAAAAAAAUUUACUUGUACAUAUUGCUAAAAAACAUACUGUGGCAGGAGUCCAGUUUACCUGUGGAUAUUGCGAUAAAGCGUUUGGUAAUGAGAAUCUGAAAAAGAUUCACGAACGUUCUCACAUUUUUCCAGAAAAGAAUCAUUCAACUCUGAAAAAGGGUCAUGAACGUUCUCACAUUUUCCCAGAAAAGAAUCCUACAACAGCCGCUUUUGUUUGCGAAUAUUGUGGUAGGUCUUUUCGUACUAGGAAGACCUUGAAAGAACAUCACAUCGCUCUUCACAGCGAUGAUAGACCCUAUAAAUGUGAUAAGUGUGAUAAAAAUUACGGUUCUCUUUCAAGUUUAGAUAUUCACAAAGCUACACAUUCCUCCGAAACUCCGUACUUGUGCGAUUUGUGUGGUAAAACAUUUAAACAUGUUAGCAAUCUUCGAAGCCAUAAGCGAUCUCACUUGGACGAAAGCGAUAAAAACAGACAAAUAUGUCUAAAAUGCGGGAAAGGUUUCAGAUCUCGAUUUCAUCUGUCAGAGCACAUGAACGUUCACGACGGCAACCGCCCAUACACGUGCGAAGUGUGUGGGAAGCGAUUCCACAAGAAGAUUCAGCUCCGGCAACACGGAUCCGCCCAUUCCGGCACGCAGCCUUACAAGUGCCCCAUAUGCGGCGUCCGCUUCAACCGCAGGGGCAACAUGACGCAGCACGUGAAGAGGCACAGCCAGGAGAGGAAGUACACGUGCCGCGUGUGCAACGAGGCGUUCCCCACGCUGGGCGCCGUGCUGAACCACCGCAAGAAGCACUCGGAGGUGGAGGUGCAGCGCAGCAUGCAGCAGCAGCACCAGCAGCAGCAGCUGGCGGGCGAGGACCCCGACGAGGCGGCCUUCAAGUGCACGGUGUGCGGGAAGCUGCUGGCCAAGAAGGAGUCGCUGUCCAUCCACAUGCGUUCGCACACGGGCGAGAAGCUGUACCCGUGCCCCGAGUGCGGCAAGCGCCUCUCCAACAAGGGCUCGCUCACCUACCACAUGCGCUCCUUCCACACGGGCGAGCGGCCGUACUCGUGCCGCUUCUGCGGCGACGGCUUCCUCUCCAAGGAGGCGCGCCUGGUGCACGAGCGCAUCCACACGGGCGAGAAGCCGUACGAGUGCCUGGUGUGCGGCAUGGCGUUCCGCUGCUCCAGCAACCUGGCGCAGCACGCGCGCGUGCACUCGGACGCGCGCCCGCACCCGUGCCUGACGUGCGGCAAGCGCUUCCAGCGUAAGGGCGCGCUCGACGUGCACAUGCGCACGCACACGGGCGAGCGGCCGUACGCGUGCGACCUGUGCGGGCGCGCCUUCACGCAGAAGAACGACAUGCUGAAGCACCGGCGCACGCACACCAACGAGAAGCCGCACCGGUGCGACGUGUGCCCGAGCCUCUUCUCGCACAAGCGCGACCUCGUCAAGCACCGCGCGGCCAAGCACCAGCUGGAGGACGCGGCCCCGGCGCCCGCGCCCGGCGCCGCCGCGCCCGACCAGCAGCAGCAGCAGCAGCAGCACCACCUGCCCGAGGCGGCCGAGGCCGACCCGGCCGACCACGACCCCGACGCGGACGCCGACCUGCCCACGCAGACGGUCGUCAUCACCGCCCCCGACGCCCUGCUCACCGCCUUCCCCGAGAUCGCCGUCCCGGGCAUGGAGCACGCGCAGACCGUCAUUCUGCAGAGGUUCUGAACGCCGCGUCGCGCCGCCCCGCCCCUCCCCGCGACUGACUCUCGCACGGUGCGACACCGUUGUUUUUCGUUUUCCGAAAUUGUAUGCUCUGUGGGGAAGCCUAAAUGGGGUUGUGCAAUUAGUACAUUUAAUGUGUUAAUAUCCACACUGUUUACAGUAAAUGAGUAUUAUUCUGUUGAAAAUAUAUAAAAACUAUUAUUGUUUUACUUCAAAAGUGUGUAAUUAUCUGCCUUGUGUAUGUUGCUACACAGCAAUACCCACUGUGCAUCUUAGUACUUUUUUCUAUAACGAAUACUUAUUUUAUCUAUUGAAAGUAAUUAAAAAAAUUAUCUUGGAACAAAUGUUAAACUUAGUGGUGCUUUUGAUUUUGUCUCAGUCUUAUUAUUGUUGUAAUGAUCAUAUGUUUGAAAAGCCUUAAACAUUAUCUCUGAGGUAAUGUUAAUGAAACAAAGUUUGAGGGGAGAAUUUGCCUAAUUUUGGUAAUUGAUCUUUUCCAUGAUCCUGUGCUUGUGUGUUGUUUGUGAUGAAGUCUGUACAUAUUAUUUUUAGUUGAAAUAUUUGUUGAACCCACUAUCCUCUUUCUUUUGUGGGGAGAUGAUAAGCUCCCUUCUCCAGAAAGCGAUGGUGGACAAAAAUCAUUAAACUUAGUAUUUCAUAUCUCUAAUGCAGCAAAUAUCUGCAAUAUUUUUUGUAUGUUAUAUAUUUUUGUCAUUAAAUGUAGAUACAGUUACAA